AUGAGCAAAAAGGAUCUCGUUAGGCCAUGCGAAAAACCACCUGCUGCUGGCUUUCCAUGCGUCAUCGAAAGUCCAGAAGGAGCAAGUGCAAAGCUUGAAAGCUUCUUGGCGCCGCCGUGUCCCCUCGGCCCGAUUCCAACGCUCUCCAUUGCCUUACGCCUUAUCGGUGCCAUAUCCGACGAUGACAAACAGUUGAGACGGCAGCCUGAGGAGGAGGCUAGAUUUCUCUGA